AUGGAUGAAUUCCUACCCAUUUCAUACCUCUUAGGUGUGCAUCUAACAAUUUCUACUCAUUCAGGCCCACAGAUAGUGUAUUCGUACCCUCCAUCAUCGAGUGAAUAUAUCUUAUCUUUACAAAAUGUUUCCUAUAAAUUUGCAAAACGAAAAGAUCAGGCAAGUAAGAGUACCCGUAAAGUAAAGGAGAAUGCAAGUGUUAUUUCUACAGAUUCUGAUUCUUCAUUUAGUUCGUCAUCAUCAGGAUUAAGCGGAAGUGAAAUGUCAACAGAUUAUGCUGAUGAAUCUUUCUCAUCCGAUGAAGGAAAUGAUGAGGAAAUUACUCAUGACAUGUCUAACUUGGGGAUAAGUACAGAUAAAUUGUUUAGGCUGUUUACAAAUGAGAAUGGCAACGCAGAUGAAAGUGACAAUUCAGACGAAAUUGACAAUUCGGAUUUAGAAUUAGAUAUUAAAUCGAAAUUGUUCUCAGAUGAGGAUGGUUUUGAAUUCAAUGAGACUUUUUUCGACGAAGAAAAUUACAGAGAUUAUAAUAAAUUGUUUGGCUUCGAUAGCGAAUUUGUAGCUGAAUUCUGUUGCCCAGAUAGGGAACUUUGUAAUUCUAGAUUUGAAUUUACAGUGGACGAUUUAUGUUUUCUGGGGUUACCAAUUAGGAGAGAUGCAAGCGGUUAUUGGAGAAAAUCAAAACGUAAGAAGCAUACAUCGAAGAAAUCAUCGAGUUUGAGUCAUGCUAAGGUAACACGUUCCUCUUCUAACCGCUCUGAAAGUUCCAAGAGAACACAGAGCAGUAAUACAGCUAAAGCCUACCCAAAUAGUAAUAGUGAUGUAGAACAAGAGAAUAAUGAAGAGUCAUUGGAUAAGGAUGAUCUUGAAAGAAAUAUGAAUAUGUUCCAUAUUUGUUUUGUUUUGAACCCGCCAUUGACGGAAUAUAAUAAGAGAGCCGACGACCUUUAUCAGUAUAUUGUUGCUAGAUUGUCGAUAUUGCUGAGGUAUUUCCAAGCAAAAAAUAAUUACGUUUCAAAAGAAUGUAGUAUUAUUUUGAAAGAAAGAGAAAAUGUCGUGAAAUAUUCUAAAUCUUAUGAGUCUGCGUUAACACCAGCAGCUAAGGCCAAAUGCGUGUAUGAGAGAAUCCUAUCAAAAUCAUCACUGGCAAGAAUGCUGACCAAAUGUGUCGACAAAUUGCACAAGAACGAAAUUGCAUCAAUAAAAGUGGGAGACGAUAAGAUUAUUUCAUUACAAAUUCCCGUCAAGAAUGAAUUUGAACAUUUACCAAAUUUUAAACAAAACGCUAUCUUACCAAAUUCAUACUUAACUUCAAUAUUAAACAAAAAAUUUUUGGAGAAAGCUUCUUUUUCUUCUGCGCCACAUAGUAGUAGUAGGAAAUUACACUCAUCGAUAACUUUGGGUAACUCUUUGAUAUUACACGAUGGAGAUGACGAUUAUGACAAUGAAGAUGAUGAUAUUCUAAACUAUGCAUUAUUACUAUUAGAUGAUGUGAACAAUAUUUUGAGGACUUUAGAAACUACAACGAUGAACAGCACAGAAUCUAACGAUAUCAAUAUGAUAAUCCUUCGGCAUUUGAUCAAACAUAUACAACCAACGGUUCCAUUGAAUUCAUAUCAUUAUAUUAUCACCGAUGCGUUAGACCUUGAACCUAGUACGGUGACGUACGAUAUUUUAAGAUCGUGUGCGCUUCAUUUAAUAUAUUGGAGACAUGCCAGAGUAAUAAUACCGAUGAGUUCUAAGUUUACAUAUGUGGUAUCACCUAUAAUAUCAUUAGAAAAAAUGUAUAAUGUGGAUAAAGUUCAAUUUAAGAAAAGAUUUCCCUCGUUACCGACAUUAAGUUAUUUUUUAAGUAAAUUAUCUGGUGGUAAGAGUUCAAUAAAUACCAGUAAAGAUGGCGAUGAUAUUAAGUGGCCAUAUUCAUUCAACAAUAUAAUUCCCAGUAGAGAACAUAAAGGAAUAUAUUUGGAUGUAUUGAGUUGGUUAAUAAGGAGAGGGUACGUCACUCAAUUAUUGACAUUUGUUUAUAUUAGGAUUGAUAAAAGAAUAAAGAUUGCAGUUGAUGAAGAUCUUGAAAGAGAAGGGUACAGAAGGGGCAAGAUGCAAAAAUUACAAAUGAGAAAAAUCAAUAAGAGUAAUAGAAGUACUAAAAUUGGUGAUAAUCAAAUUGCACAAAAAGUUGAUCAUAGAACGAAUAUUGAAAAUGACAAUUUAGCUGCCGCUACUGAUAAGAGUAAUUUGGAAAUAAAUAAGAAUGACCCUAUCACCGGUAGUACUGAAGAUAUUCAUUUUGAAUUUGAUGAUCCUGAAAUGAGGCAAGAUUAUACCAUUAUCUUGGAGCCCGAACGUGCUACUGCGAUAGAGAAAAGAUGGAUUCAUAAAUGUGUGAGUGAACAACCACCAGACAUUAAGAACACCUUCAAUAAAUUAUUGAAAUACUUUAAUGGUAGAGCUCCAAUGGAACUCGCCACGUUACAGGAAGGGAUUUCAAGACAUGAAUUAAAAAGGUUGUUUGCCUCGUUAGAUAAACAUUUAGUAGAAUUACAUCAUUGGUAA